AUGAAAAAGAAAAGGCAGUUGGCUCUGGUUCUCGCCAUGGUGAACAUGUGCACGUCUCGAUGAGAGACGCCACCGUUUCUUCUAUUUCUCCACACAACUUCAGACGAACUGAAAGGGAAAAAAACAACACAACAACAACAAAAUGGAGGCGACAGAGUUGUACGCCCCAAACUAUCACCGAAAACAGUUGAAAGUGCACGACAACAGCAGUGUGGGAGCAGCCUGUCCCGAUCAAACGACGACAACAACCGAGGAAGAAGACGAGUUGUUGUUGCUGCAACAACAACAAGAUGACAGGACCCACAUCAGUCGGCUCUACCCAGAGAUCCUGGCCAUCAUUUUCGGCAUGUUGGAAGUGAGGGAUCGCGGGCGGGCGGCCCAGGUUUGCCAGACGUGGAAGGAGGCGGCCUAUCACCGCUCGGUUUGGCGAUCCUGCGAGCCGAAAUUGCAUUUGAGACGGGCCAAUCCGUCACUGUUUCCCAGUCUGGUCCGCCGGGGCAUCCGCCGAGUGCAGAUCCUCUCGCUGAGGAGGAGCCUCAGGGACGUGACGCAGGGACUGCCCAACAUCGAGUCCCUGGACUUGAGCGGCUGCUUCAACGUCACUGACAUUGGCAUCGCUCACGCCUUGACGGCCGACGUGCCCACCCUGAAACGGCUCAAUUUGAGUCUCUGCAAGCAGAUCACCGACUCGAGUCUCAGCAAAUUGGCCCAGUACUGCCGACAGCUCCAGGAGCUCGACCUGGGCGGAUGUUGCAAUGUCACCAAUGCGGGUCUUUUGCUCAUCGCCUGGGGUCUCAAAUCCCUCAAGAGCCUCAACUUGAGAUCCUGCUGGCACGUUUCCGAUCUCGGCAUCGCCAGUCUGGCCGGACUCGGCUCAGACGCUGAAGGCAAUUUGGCCCUCGAACACCUCGGACUUCAGGAUUGUCAGAAAUUGACUGAUGAUGCGUUAAUGCACGUCUCGACUGGUCUGAAACAACUCAAAUCCAUCAACUUGAGUUUCUGCCUGUCCAUCAGCGACAGCGGGCUCAAGUAUUUGGCCAAAAUGCCGUCACUGGCCGAGUUGAAUCUACGAUCCUGCGACAACAUUUCCGACGUCGGAAUGGCCUACCUGGCCGAAGGAGGAUCGAGGAUCACAUCCCUGGACGUUUCGUUCUGCGACAGGAUCGACGACCAGGCCGUCGUCCAUGUAGCCCAGGGACUGGUCCAUUUAAAGCAAUUAUCUUUGAGCGCCUGUCACGUUUCGGAUGAGGGUCUUAUCCGGGUGGCCCUGUCACUCCUCGACCUCCAGACGCUCAACAUUGGCCAGUGCAGCCGCAUUACGGAUCGGUCCAUCCAGGCCGUCGCCGAUCAUUUACGCAAAUUGCGAUGCAUAGAUCUCUACGGGUGCACGAAAAUCACCACUUCCGGAUUGGAAAAAAUCAUGAAACUUCCAGAGCUCAGCGUCCUCAACCUCGGACUGUGGCACAUUCGAUGACAAUUUGGCCAAUUUUUUGGAAAUUUUAGGAACGAAAACAAAAAUUAUUUUGAUGCAUUUCCAUUCGAGUUGGAAAUGCUUUAUGUGAUACCAGGAAAACAAAAUGGGGGAUGAGACAAAAUUCGGUCGAUUUAGUUUUUUUUUUAGUUUUUUUAAAAACUAUUUUAAAUCCCCUUCUCCCAGACUUUAUACGACUAAAUUUCCCUCUCUAUUUUUUC